CUGCUCACACGAUACGACCGCUUAUCCCGAGCAGAGAGCACCAUCAUCAGUACAUAUUACGUCGUUUUGGAUAACGGUACCAAAAACCGAGUGCGUCAUGUUACGGUGCUGGUUAUUGGCGAUAGUUUGGGCGGUGAUAUCGUUAGCAUUUGCCGAGGAUAAUGAUUUCGUGGACGUGUGCUUCGAACACGAAGGUGAAAAGCCAGCCCACUGUGAGUUCAUCGACUUUGACGAUGUCUUUGAAACGUCCAACACCGACAUUAAGUUUAACUGGAGCUUCAUUACGAAGAUGAGCAUUAGCAACAAGAAGAUAAUCGGUGUGCCGACGAAAAUGUUUGCCUCGCUGCCAAAUCUCGAGAGCUUCAUCGUACUGAACAGCCUGUUCUAUCGUGAAAUUGAUCCGAACAGUUUCGUCGACUGUAACAAGCUGAACCAUAUAGAAAUAACCGGAACAAACAUCACGCUGCUCGAUUCGCACAUGUUUCCCAAAACGCCGAAACUUCAGUAUCUGCUGUUUCAUCACAAUCGUAUCGCCGAGAUCAAGCACGACGCGUUCGAGUUUCUGGGCGAGCUGGAGGAGCUCAAUCUGUCGUACAACAAUCUAACCAGGCUGCCGAGCGGUGUGUUUCACAUGCUGCGCAAGCUCAAGACGCUCGAUCUCAACCACAACCGGUUGCUGCUGCUUAGCUUCGAUAGUUGGUUCCCGCCGGACGGUGCCGUUUCGCUGACGUACCUCGAUGCGUCCUACAACCAGCUGGUCGAUAUGUCCUGGACGGAUAUUAGCGUGCGGAAGGUGAACCUGAAGUAUAACAAUCUCACCAGCGUGCAUGUGAACGGGAACUGUAGCGAAUUUCACGCAUCCCAUAACGCAAUCGAAACCGUUACGAUCGGUCGGAACUGCAGUCUGGAGAAACUUUACCUGGCCCAUAAUCGUAUGCAGGGGUUCGAUUUUCUGAUGCGCUGUGCCGACACACUUCGCUCGCUGGACGUUUCGUACAAUCUGCAGCAGAAAGGAGUGGACUUUUUGCACCUCAAGCAAAUUACCGCACUAAACAUCGAAUGCACCAACAUUAGUCUCAACUUUAAAACGUUGCACGAUUUGCGCAAGUUACGCUUCCUGGACAUUUCGUACAACAAUUUGAAAAAGAUCGAUCUGGAAAAUUUGACCUCGCAGCGGCUACUCGAGCGGCUAAUGGUAAGCGGCAAUCCGAUCGCUAACAUCUCGAUCGGUUCGAUUAAGCGCAACUUUCCGAACCUGAAAUCGCUCGGCAUCUACGAUCUGCCGUGGAACUCUACCUCGCUAUCGAUCGCGAUCGAUGACCUGAAGAAGCAUGACAUUCAACCGUACAUACGCAGUGACUAUCUGUUCGAUGAAUCGAAAUGCCCGCUAAAGGUAACGCCAACGUUCGGUAACGAUACCGAGCACGAGCUGGGCGAUGACGAUCGAUCCAGGGAUGCACAUGGGCAUGGUCAUGGCGGUGAUAAGACGGCCGAGUAUGUCGUCAUUGCACUACUGCUGUGCAUGGUCUGUGGACUGUUGGGUAAACUGUUCGUCGAUAGCCGAUACUUUCCAGUUUUUAAGGAACGCAUCCAGCGAAGAUCAUCCGUUUCACACGAAAGUUUGGUGUCGUGUGAUUUGAAUGGCUAUAUACUCGUCGGCAUAACCCUGAAUGCCCUCGUUUCAUAUGGGACGGCGGAUGCAGCGCUAUGCAUAUGCCAUCCAAGCAGCUGCGUUAUAAUCAAUGCGAACAGUUCCGUAAUGAGCAAACCCGAGGCGUACUGCACCAUGAACAUCAUGAACAUCAAAGAUAUACUGAUGUUGCGCUACAAUGAAUCGACGCUUCCGGUCGAUAUUUUCGCAACGUACACCAAUCUGAAAUCGAUCGAAAUUUUCCAAGGAUCGCUUCAGCACAUCACGCCGGGAGCAUUUGAGAAGCUGUCGAAUCUGACUAAGCUGGACAUACGGAGCAACAAUAUCGGAACGCUCGAGGAUUAUACCUUCCAGGGGCUGGACGCUUUAGAGAUACUUGAUCUGAUCUCGAACAACUUGACCAUCAUCGGACCGAACGCUUUCGAUGGUCUCAAGAGACUUGCCCGUCUGGCGCUGUCGGGAAAUCGUAUCACUCAACUACCACCGAAGCUGUUUAGCUCUCUAUCGAUGGUGCGAUCGAUUGCCUUAAACAACAAUUUACUUACAGAGCUUCCGGUCGGGAUCUUCGACAACAUAGAGUAUCUUAUCCGGCUGGAUGUAUCGAACAAUCGGUUGAAAACGUUUUAUUUUCCUGAGCUAAAGGUGAUGCUGUUGUACCUACGCAAUAACACACUGACGAACCUCUAUAUUGAUGAUCAUGUGAAGUUUGUGCAAGCGAAUCAGAACCGCAUUGAAGCGAUAAUGGGCACAGGUAUCAAUCUUACCGAUCUGGUACUGACCGAUAAUGCUAUCACGGAUAUAAGAGCGAUUACGCGCUUGACGAACCUGACCAAGCUCAGCCUCAGCAAUAACCCUCUACAAGCGGACAGUGUCUUUGCAUCUCUACCAAAAUUGCAGGAACUGUUGCUGAGCAACACAACCAUCCAAAUCACCGAAAGCACCUUUGCUAAUCUUAGCUCGAUGGUACUGCUCGAUCUGUCCUUCAACAAUCUGACGCAGCUUGAUUUCCGAAUGUUCUCCUCCAUGAUCGAGCUUGAGUCACUGAUCGUGGCUUACAACCGCAUUGAAAAGAUCAACUUUAUCGAACUGCGUGAAUACUUGCCCGACCUGCGAGUACUAGAAAUCUGUGGCAAUGGCUGGAAUUCCACGUACAUGGAGAAUAUGAUUCAUCAAAUGCAUCGCUACGGUAUACAGGCGGACAUGCAAGGGAUCUCGCGGUCCUUCAUAUUUGCGCCCCUUUACCUGGAAUUAUGUUCUUCCGGUUCGACUACAUCCAACAAAACGUCGCUGGAAUAUUUUGAUUACUCUUCGGAAAACGUUAGUGAUGUACUCGAACAGGAAAUUGCGGAAUUCUAUCCCACCACUUCCCAAAGUCCCAUUCAAACGGUAACGGAGAAAUUAUUGCAAACGUCCACGACGAUCAAAACAACCACACCGGCAAAGGAGGAGACUGUGGAGGAACCAACGGUUGCGGUUAAAAUGAACACUGUUAGUGUGAUGCCGUCGGCGGAUGACGUUACGCCCGCUGAUCAGCAACCGGUAGUAGGAUCAUCUCCACUCUACAUCACAUUCCAGGUGCUGGUGUACACCUUUUCCGUGUUCGGUGUCGUAUGUCUGGUGGUGCUAGGGUACUAUAUACGCCAACGACGAUUCGAUGUACGUCGCUUAACACCCGUCGAAACUGCCGAUUCUGUGCGACUUAUGUAGAGGUUUGUGCGUGUGUGAGUUUUUGCGUGAAGAGAGCGUGCGUAUGCGAUCAUAAGCGGAGGCAAAUUUAGCCUCCGAGUUUCUGAUUUGUUUUGAUUUGUCUGCACCUCGGGUGCGAUAAGAUUCCGACAAAUUAAAUACAGUGCAAUGGUUUCCAUCACAUAGAAAAGGCGCAAUUCGUUACGGAUCAUAAGAGGCGAACGAAGGCGGAAGACUCCUAUAGUCUCUGUAAAAAAAAAAUCUCCACUUAUCACCCUAAUGGAUCGUGUGAGAAGAUGCUUCCUUGAUCAUAUUUGCUUGAUUCCUUAUUAGUUAAUGGUUUAUCUGUCUGACACAAUGCGGAAGAAAAAACAAUCUGUGCCAAAAGAACCCGGGAAAUCAUUGGCUAUUCGUACGCAUAUUCUCAAUGGUGCAAUUUUAUAAUUGUAAGCAUAACAUAUCAAUAAAGCUAUGGCAAAUCAUGAUUUUUGUUAAAUAAAA